AUGGCAGUGAAUGACAUGAAUAGGGUAUACGGUUUUGGUGAAAAUAAAUAUGGCCAAUUGGCUCAGGGUGAUAAUAUUGAUCAGAUGUCAGCCAUAGGUUUGGGGGCUUUUGGGGCUGUAUUUAAAGUAAGACAUAAAUUGGAUGAUAAGAUUUAUGCCGUUAAAAGAGUACAAUUUGAGGAUUUUAGUGAAGAAAAGAAACACAAAGUUUUCAAAGAAGUGAAAACACUGUCAAAACUGAACUCACUUUUUGCGGUUAAAUACUACCACUCGUGGACUGAAGGCAUACAUCUGUACAUUCAUAUGGAGUACUGCCCGCAAACACUCGGGUCUGUACUCAGAGACAAACCACUAGUGUUUGGCAGACAAUCGGCGGAAUACAUGACUAUUGAUAUAUACGAGUAUUUCAUAUCAUGUAAAAUAUUUCGGGAACUUUUGCAAUGCGUUCAAUACAUUCACGAACAAAACCCACCAAUCAUUCAUCGGGAUAUAAAACCCGAUAAUAUAUUAAUUUUAUACGACAAAAGUUUUAAUACAUUCAUUAAAUUGGGUGACUUUGGUUUGGCCACCGAACACAACACCCCCUCCCAGAGUCACACACAGGGGGCGGGAACUCCGCAAUUCAUGGCACCCGAUGUGGGCCUCAAUAAGCACUACGAUAUUAAAGUAGAUAUUUAUAGCCUCGGAAUACUUGGUUUGCAAUUGUUUGAAAUAAACACCACAGAUCAGGCAAAAUACAGUUCAACAAAUUUUUUUAACCAAUUCAAUCGUUUACACGAUAUAAUUAUAUCCAUGAUUGAAGCGUUGCCUACAAAACGGCCGACCAGUGGUCGAGUACUACUUGAGUAUAACCAGUGGUCAGUCGACAGACAUAUAAUUACGGCAAACGAUACAGAAUUUAAUGAAAUAAUUAGUGAACUCUCAACGAAAGACAACUCGUUUUUCUACGAUUUCUUAAUGUCUAAAACAAAUUCAAAAUCUAACGGUUCGGGUGCUUUUGGGACUGUAUUUAAAACACAACACAAAUCGGAUGACAAGAUAUAUGCCGUUAAGAAAGUAGAAAUAAAAGACUUUAGCGAUGAUAAAGUAAACCGAGUGCUCAAUGAAGUGAGAAUAAUGGCGAGACUGGACUCAAAAUGUGUGGUCAAGUACUAUAACUCGUGGAGAGAAGGCAUACAUCUCUACAUACAGAUGGAGUACUGCUCGCAAAAUCUUAAGGCAGUGCUUAGAAACAAACCACAAGUAUUUGGCAGACAAUUACCGGCGGAACCGAUGAAAGACAUCGAGUACUUCAUAUCAUGUGAAAUAUUUCGGGAACUCUUGGAAUCACUUCAAUAUCUUCACCAACAAAACCCUCCUAUUAUUCAUCGGGAUAUAAAACCAGAUAAUAUUUUAGUCUUAUGUAACAGUAAUAAUGGGGUGUUUUUAAAACUCGGCGACUUUGGUCUGGCCACUUAUCACGACCGUUUAACUAUGACUCAAUGCGUGGGAACGCAUGGAUAUAUGGCCCAAGAGGUGGGCCUUAGGCAAUACAAUUGUAAGGCAGAUGUUUUUAGUGUGGGUCGCAUUGGACUUGAAUUGUUUAACCUAGAUGAGUAUUUGUGA